AUGGGCUCGCCUGUAUCUCCCAUUGUCGCCGAUAUAUUCAUGGAAGACUUUGAGGAGAAAGCCCUCCUUACUGCACCUGUUACCCCAAGGUUCUACAAGCGGUACGUAGACGAUACUUUCACAAUUUUACCAUCAGACAAAGUAACUGCAUUUUUAGAACAUCUUAAUUCCAUAAACCCUAAAAUUCAAUUUACUAUGGAGUUAGAGGCAAAUAAUUACUUAGCUUUCCUAGAUGUGUUAGUCAUCCGAAAUCCUAGCAACACCAUAGGUCAUACUGUGUAUAGAAAAAAGACCCAUACAAACCGAUACUUAAAUGGUGAAUCUCACCAUCAUCCUUCACAGUUAGCUACCGUGGGCAAAUCUUUGUUUCAGAGAGCACGAGGGAUCUGUGACAGCAAACACCUGGCCGCCGAGCUUCAGCACGUCAAGCAGGUUCUGCACGACAACAAGCUUCGGGUCCCGCGCCUCCGUCACAGUGACCGAGUGAAGCCGGCCACAGUCGAGCGUGUGCCUGCUAUACUACCAUAUGUCAGAGGUGUCACAGACAAGAUUGGCUACAUCUUGAAGCGAGCUUCCAUUAGAACAUUCUACAAGCCGCCGAAGAAGAUUAGUCAGUUCUUACCAUCCGUCAAGUGUCAUAUUCCUCUACAAGAUGCAGGAGUGUACAAGCUUGAUUGUGAUUGUGGUCUCUCAUAUAUAGGGCAAACAAAGAGAUCAAUUAGAACCCGCGUAAAAGAACAGAUAGCUGACGUGAAGCAUCAACGUUCCGGGAAGUCUGCAGUUUGCGAUCAUAUUCUAGAUGGCCCCAACCAUUACAUCAGAUUUGAUAGACCACAAAUCUUCGCGAAAGAACAUCGAUUCCUGCCAAUGAUGAUACGUGAGGCUAUUGAAAUUAAAAUAUAUCCUAAUUUCAAUAGAGAAGGAGGCUGGGUACUACCACCUGCUUGCAAUCCUAUAAUUAAUAAAAUUAAAACUAAACCCAAGCAUACCACUGCAAGACUUCAAAAUACAGUUAGUUCAUUCUGCGUAGAUCGGACCAAAGACAAUAAUUAA